AAUUAAAAAACUUAAACCCUAAACCCCAUUUUUCUUUCGCAUUUGAAUCCAACGUCGACGUUUGUUUGGUACAGCAAUUCAAACAAAAAUGACGAAGAAGAAGCAAAAGCAGAAGAUAAUCUUACCACCGGAGCUUCCACCGGAAGUAAAGGAGGAGGACAUUGAUGUCUCCGACGAGGACUUGGAAUUCGUCAAUGAAAAUCGCGAUUACGCUGGUUUUGUUUCUCGCUUAGACACUGCUUCAAUCACCAGGCAAGUGACGCGCGUGGCUGAUUUAGAAGGAGAUGAACUAGAGGCAGCUUAUGAGAAGCGAUUAAAGAAGAAGGCACUGAAGCAGAAGCUGAAGCAAGAAGACGAGAGUCGAAUUGAAGUUGAUCGUGUUGACGCGCUUCCGGUCAAAACCUUAGACGGGAAACUUCAUUAUCGAACUGUUUCGAGGAAACCGGAGGAUGGAGAUGAUGAGAAAGAUAGUAAUGCUGCUGGCGGUGAUAAAGGUUUGACAAAGUUGACUAAACCGGAAAAGAGAGCGAAGCUGAAAAGGAGCAAGAAAGAAGCUAAACAACAGGAAAAGGACUUGGAGAAAGAUCAAGAAGUGGAACAAGCUCCGCAAACGGCUGUGCUGGCUGAGAUCCAAGAAGAUCUCACAGCUGAAGAAUUAUUUGAACGCAAGAAGCUUAAGCUGGCAGAGCUAGGAAUAGCAUUGUUGGCAGAUCCCGAGUCUAAUAUAAAGUCGCUCAAAGAGAUGUUUCAGUUUUGCAAGGAUGCUGACCAUUCUAUUGUGAAACUUGGAUUGCUAUCUUUGUUGGCUGUUUUUAAAGACAUAAUCCCUGGCUAUCGGAUCAGGCUUCCUACUGAAAAGGAGCUAGAAAUGAAAAUUUCCAAAGAAAUUAAGAAAAUGCGGUUCUAUGAAUCAACACUUCUGUCCACUUACAAGGCAUAUUUACAAAAGCUGAUGGUAUUAGCAAAAGACUCAAAAUUCAAGCAUGUGGCUACUCGGUGUGUUUGUACUUUACUUGAAGCAGUUCCCCACUUCAACUUUCGUGAGAGUUUGAUGGACGCUGUGGUCGAAAAUAUAGGCUCUCCAGAUCACAUCAUAAGGAAACUUUGUUGCGGUGCCAUCAAAUCACUUUUUACCAAUGAGGGAAAGCAUGGCGGUGAAGCAACUGUGGAGGCUGUCCAGCUGAUAGCUGGUCAUGUUAAAGCUCGAGAUUGUCUUUUGCAUGCUGAUUCUGUUGAGGUCUUCUUGUCACUGUCAUUUGAUGAAGAUCUUGGAAAGCAUAAAGAAGAGGAAAAGGAACGCGGAGGUAAAUAUAAGAAAUACAAAAAGAGAAAGAAUGGUGAGGAGCCACUUCAACUGCAAGAAAAUGAUAGAAAAAGGAGUAAGAAAGAAAUGAUGACAAGAAUGAGUGAGGAGGUUGCUGCAGACUAUAAGGCUGCUGCUUUUACCCCAGAUGUUAAAGAAUUGAGAAGGAGGCAAGUUGAGACACUUUCUGCUGUGUUUGAGACGUAUUUUCGCAUCUUGAGGCAUACCCUGCAGUCAACCAUAGCCAGUUCUAAAAACGAUGGUAAUUUAGCUGUGGAUGCAUCUGGGAAUCACCCACUACUCGCUCCUUGUCUGAAUGGAUUGGGAAAAUUCUCUCAUCUAAUAGAUAUGGAUUACAUUGGAGAUCUUAUGAAUUAUUUGAAAAAGCUUGCUGGUGGUGACAGUUCUUCGGAAAAACCUUAUAAAUGUCUGAGUAUAUCUGAACGACUUAAGUGCUGCAUUGUUGCCUUCAAAGUGAUGAAAAUCAAUUUAGAUGCCCUGAAUGUUGAUUUACAGGGAUUCUUUGUGCUGCUGUACAAUCUCAUACUCGAGUACAGGCCUGGAAGAGAUCAAGGUGAUGUCUUGGCAGAAGCUUUGAAGGUUAUGUUAUUUGAAGAUAGACAGCAAGACAUGCAAAAGGCUGCUGCUUUUGCAAAACGUUUAGCCACAUUCUCUUUGUGCUUUGGAUCAGCAGAAGCUAUGGCUGCUAUGGUAACUUUGAAAUCCAUCCUACAAAAGAAUGUCAAAUGUCGAAAUCUAUUGGAAAACGAUGCUGGGGGUGGCUCUGUUUCUGGUAUCAUUGCGAAAUAUCAGCCAUUUGCUUCGGACCCUAAUUUAAGUGGUGCACUUGCUUCGGUCCUCUGGGAACUCAACCUUCUAUCCGAGCAUUUUCAUCCUGCUAUUUCAACAAUGGCAUCCAGCAUAUCAAGCAUGAGUGCGUCGCAUAAUCAAGUAUAUAUUUCUUUAAUGUCUCCUCAACAAGCGUUCGCAGAGCUGAGUCUCCAACGGGAAUUACUCAACCCAAAAUACGACGUUAGAAAAUCAAAUAACAAGAAAAGAAAGGGGUCUUCUAAAAAAGUUGCUGCCGUUGAAAUAAAUCAAGAUGCAACUUCAGCUGAUGAGGAUAAAUUGAGAAAGAAACUGUCGGAUCAUUUCGUGCUUCUUCGCGACGUGAAAGAGAAUGAGAGAUUAAGGUGUGAAUUAGAUCGUACCACGCUAGCCCUGCAAUUAUAUGAUGAAUAUACGAAACAAAAGAAACUAAAGAAGCGGGCUUAAAAUGAGGAAACACAACCGUACAAUUUUGCAAAAUCAUUUAGUCAUUAUUUUGUUGUAGUGUGUAGGCUUGGAGUUCCAUCUUCUUUACAAAAAGCCCAAAUGGCAUUUAAAUUGAAUUUGUAUUGAUAAAUUAUCAAGAAAACUACAAAACUAUUAAAAAUAUGCUUUUAAGUUUUUUUUUUCUUUA